AUGACCAGCAUCACUGUCGGCGUUCUCGCCUUACAAGGCGCUUUUUACGAACAUAUUCAGCUGCUGAAACAGGCAGCUGCCAGUUUGCCUACUGUACAGAGCCCUUCUGCUUCGCAAUGGGAGUUCAUUGAAGUGAGGACCCCGCAGGAGCUGGAACGAUGCGAUGCGCUGGUUCUCCCUGGAGGCGAGAGUACGGCCAUUUCUCUUGUUGCUGCUCGAUCCAAUGUCCUAGAGCCUUUGAGGGAUUUUGUGAAGGUUCAUCGCAAGCCGACAUGGGGCACAUGUGCCGGGCUGAUUCUGCUCGCCGAGUCUGCUAAUCGGACUAAGAAAGGUGGACAGGACCUCAUUGGUGGUCUCGAUGUUCGCGUAAACAGGAACCACUUUGGUCGGCAGACGGAGAGUUUCGAGGCGCCACUGGAUCUGCCGUUCUUGGGCGCGGGCGAACAACCUUUUCCCGCAGUCUUUAUCCGUGCGCCUGUGGUGGAAAAGAUCUUGCCUCACCAGGAGGGUGUCCAAGUCAGCGAAACACAAAGAGAUGAUACGGUGGUGGCACCGUCUAGACAGCCAGAGGAUCACGCAGCCAAGGCGGCGAUGGCCAAUGAAGUGGAGGUACUGGCGAGUCUUCCCGGAAGAGCCGCGAAACUAGCCGCCUUGGUCUCGAACAUCGAUGCAGACAAAGAAGCUGGCGACAUCGUCGCGGUCAAGCAGGGCAAUGUCUUUGGAACAAGUUUCCAUCCCGAGCUGACUGGUGAUGCUAGAAUCCAUUCCUGGUGGUUGCGCCAGGUGGAGGAGUCCGUGAAGCAAAGGAAGACCGCUUGA